CUCCUUUAAUUGCUUGGUUUGCAACGGACUUUUAUACGAAUAUUUCCUCUCUCGUGCAUGGAUUCCGCGAUGCCUUGCCCAUUCUAUGCCUAUAUUAUGCAAGUGUUUUGGUGUUGAAUAGAACUACAGCUUAAAGCCGAAUUAGUUCCAAAUUCCUCGGUCUUUAUUUUUUUUCCAUAAUAACCCAGCUUGAAUAACAGAAGCUGAAGGUACCGUCCAUAAACUAUUUGAUACAAUGUUAAUAUCGAGUCAAAUAAAUGAAUUUAAGCGACUGCUAAAAAUCGAAAGAAUUCCAGAACAAGAAGAAGGAAACAAAAAGUAUUUGUUCGGUUGCAACAAAAAAAAAGAGACGCAAAUAAAAAACUCUUGGCUAAGAUGGACAAUACCAAGAAUUUCAUGGUUAAUCCGAAACUCCACUAUUACCGGAAGCUAGACUCGUAGGAAAACUUUACACCAAAGACAAAGGUCACUUACACACCUGGUAAUGAAGUACACCGUUAAAAAGUAGUGGGCCCCUAGGUUGAAAUAACGGGUAGUUUCUAUUCAAUUGAUACGACUGAAUGGUACUAUAUUCAUCUAACAGCUACAAAGAGGAAAAUUUCUCUAUUUUUCUGCAUAACGCAGGUAUGAUCACUUGGAUGUAUAGCCGUACAUAUUUUAAUGGAUGGA